AUUCUACAACUUUGCCUUUUCUUACGAGCCAAAAUGUGGAAUGUUUUUGUUGUGAUGAUUUAUGGCAUAUUAUCUUUUUAUUUUCUUUAAUAUCCUUGUUUACCAUUUUCAAUACUUUGUCAAGAUAGCAUUUAUGGGUUUAGAAUUUAAAACUUUUAAGGAUAUGUAUGCAGUUUAGUUGGUGUGGGCCCUCAAAACUUGGGUAUGAUCAGCACACUUGACACUAAGUCAGUUGCAAAGAUUUCAAACUUGAUUAGGUUAAUCACAAUUGAAAAGCAAUCACUAAAGAUUUGGAUAAAUGUAUAUUAUACUCAAGAAACAAUAUACAUAGAUUUUAAGUUUAUUUAAAACUAUUACUUUUAUAUAGGAAAAAAUACAACAAUUACUCUACCAUCAACCAAAUACAUGGGAAUGCACCAUCAAGCUCAAAAUCCUUUAUGCUUACAGCCAUGUUUGAGGACUUGUAUCCAUGCUUCUACAUGUCCAACCUACUUGAGUUGAGCCAAGUCUCUGUAGUAGACCUCUACAUCAAUCUGGUCAAAGCAAGCAAUCAGCUUAUUGACAAAUUCCUCAUAGGAAUGAAUUAAAGCAUGAUCCUGGGACACUAACCCAUGGUGCCACCAAUCAUAUGCUACACCCUCCAGAUGCAUCGUGGCAAACUGUAUAGCAUUCUCUUCCUCCAUAGGUUUCAGUGAUAGGAAUGUAUCAAGUUUGUGCACCCGUGAUCUAGCACUUUCUCGCUUCCAUUGAAAGUGGGCAAUGAAACCUUAUUCAAUGCUUCUUUAAAUUCCUUAGGUUGAGUGCCUUGCCUGCUUUGUCCUCUAGGCCUCCUUUCUUGCCUCUCCAUGUGAUAUUGAGCCUUUUCCUUCUGCUGAUUCAUAAACUGAUUUAAAUUCAUUAAUUGCUUGACAUCAGCUAGGAGAGCUUUAUACUCAUCAUAGGCCACCAUGAAACCAUCAAUAAUGUGUGUCUCCACUUCCUCUAACUCAAGAACUUCUUCUUUUUCAUUUUGCCUUGGCAAAAACAUAGGUUGAAGUGGCUGAUCAGAUCUUGUGCUCGCUGUCCUAACAGCAUUAGAGGCCGUUCUACCUUGAUUUUCAUGCCCAGCUUCACUUCUUUCACCAUCAUGACUCUGUGCCUGCGGCUGGACUCUUAGAUUACCAAUGGCAUUAAGAAGCUGCUGUUGUGAUUGCAUGAAAGUCUGCAUCAUCUGCUGCUGCUGCUGCUGAGCCAUUUGAGCCAUAAUAUCUUGAAGACUUGGUUGUCCGUUUACACCACCUUCCUGCUGCUUUGCCAUGUUGCUGAGUUCAAACAAAGGUUCCCGUUCCAUAGUUUUACGACUCGUGGACUCGCCACAAACUCACGAGUCCGUGGGAGCCACAAGUCGACUCGCCAAAGACUCUUGAGGUGAGUCUUUGGAGUCUUUUCCUAGGACUCGCGCGUCUUUUGCAAGGGCUUGCACAACCCAGAAAACACAUCCAACAAGCAAUAAAAGUCACUUUAUUUUUAUUUUUUUCCCCUCAUUUGGCAUUCUUGCUUGGUUAUAACAGGUUUGUAGGGUUUGAAGGAGGAGAGGAAAGAAGAUUAAAUUAGCAAAAGAGAUCUAGCAAUGGCAAGUUCAAUUCCAAGGGCAACCCCAAGGUCAGGAAGACAAAGAGAUAAAGCAUGGAAAUAUUGGAUUCUAGGAAGCAAAAAGGGGGAGGUCACUUGCAUCGAAUGUACGAAAUGGAUGACCGGUGGAAUCAAUAGAUUGAAAUACCACCCUGCACAAAUUUUUGGAUAUGGUGUGGAGAUAUACCCCAAAACGACUCCUAAGAUUAUUAGAGAGAUGAAGGCCCUUCUUGUUGAGCAUGAUAUGCAAAAGGAAGAAAGGCAAAAAACAAAAGAAGCCAUGGCAGCUGCAAUGAAUCCCACAUUGUCCACUUCGGGUCCCAUUGGUCACACUCGUGGUCAUCAAUCACUUUCAUCUUUUGGUGACAAUGAGGGUGAGGCUAGUGGCACUCCUGUUAGAUCAGGCGCUAAUUUUUUUGUACCACACAAUGUUCCAGGUGCACAACCUUCACUUGAAGGUACAUGAUGGAAUAGAGAGAAGCAUGAACAAGCAAAGAUAGCAACAUCAAACUUUUGGUUUCACAAUAAUAUACCUUUCAAUGCAGCAAACAAUGUGUAUUGGGAAGGUUUGAUUAAUGCAUUAAUAGUUGCGGGUAAGGGGUUUAAGGUCCCAACAGGUAAUGACUUCAGUGGGCCAUUGCUAGAGCAAGCUGUAAAAAAUACACAAGUUGUGGUUGAUGAUUAGAAAAGGUAUUGGAAGAGAAAAGGAUGCAACAUUUUAUCUGAUGGAUGGAUAGAUGGACGAAAUAUGACUUUUCUCAACUUCUUGGUGGCUUCAAAUGGUGCAAUGGUAUUCUUAAAGUCUAUUGAUGCCUCAAAUGAAAUAAAAAAUGCAGAGACUUUGUGUAAUCUAUUGGAUGGGGUGGUUCAAGAAGUUGGAGUUGAGAAUGUUGUCCAAAUUAUCACGAACAACGCAGCUGCAUAUGUAUCUGUAGGUAGAAUGCUUAUGGAGAGGCAUCCUACGAUUACAUGGAGUCGUUGUGCUGCACAUUGCUUGGACUUGAUAUGCUAGAGGACAUUGGAAAGAUUAGAUGGGUGAAAAAGGUGGUUGAAGAUGCAAGAAGUGUCACCAAAUUCAUCUACAACUAUACUUGGGUGCUUGCUUUGAUGAGAAAACACACUAAUGGUAAGGACCUUGUGCGACUUGGAGUGACAUGAUUUGCUAGCCACUUCAUCACUUUGCAGAGCAUUCUUAGUACCAUUCCUCAUCUUAAGCAGAUGUUUGUGUUUGAUGCUUGGUUGGGGUCUGCAUACUCCAAAAGACUUGAAGCAGAGAAGGUUGUGAGCAUUGUUUUUGAUGAAGGGUUCAGAAAAAGUGGAGGAGUUGACUGCGGUGACAAAACCUUUGGUAAGGGUUCUUCAUAUGGUGGAUGGAGAGGGCAUGCCAAUGGGUUUCAUUUAUGAGGCCAUGGAUAGGGCCAAAGAGGCCAUUUCACAUUACUAUCGUGGAAAUACAAGAAAAUGUGAAAUCCUUUGGCGCAUCAUUGAUCAUAGGUGGACAAACCAACUCCACCAAUUGAUACAUGCCUUCGCCUACUUUUUGAACCCGAAAUUCUACUUCUCUGAUUCAUUUAGGGCUGAUGUGGAGGUCAUGGCAGGUGUUAUUGCAUGCAUUUAUAAGAUGGCACCUGAUCCCAAGUUGAGAGACAAGGUUCUUGAUGAGUUAGAGCCAUGCAGUGCUUCUAGGUGUGAACGAAAUUGGAGUGUAUUUGAGAGCAUUCACACAAAGAAGAUAAAUAGAUUGACACAAAAGCGGCUCAAUGAUCUUGUCUUCGUUCGGUACAACCUUCGUCUUUGAGUUAGAAAGGUGGAGGGUGUUUCACAUGAGGCCAUUGACUUGGAUGAAAUUGAUCCAUAUAUUGAUUGGGCCGUGAAUGAACAAAAUGAUGGUGAUGAUGUCCUCCUUACCGAAGAAGAAAUUGCAGAAAUAGAGAGAGGAGCAACACAAGAAGCAAAAGGAGCAAGAUUGGAUGAAAUGGAGGAUGAAGAUGAGGAUGAAGAUGAGGACUUUGAUUUUGAAGAAGAAUCAUCUCACCAUUUAGAUACCACAACACCCACUGCUACUACUUCUAGCUCACGACUUGAAAAAUUGAGCUAUAUUAGGAGAAAUACAAAGAGGAAGAUGCAGUCUUCUCUUUAGUUUGUUCAUUGUUGUUUUUCACAUUUGGAGUUGGACAUAUCAUUAUAUGUAAUUUUGUAAACAUUUAUAAACUUAUGCUGCUAUUAUCAUUUUAGAGUUGAAACUAUGAGUAUGAAUGAUGAAAUUUCAAAUAUUGAGUGUUUGUAGAUCAUAUGACGUGUAAUGUUUCAAUU